GCCCGGCAGCUGUCAGAGGCGGCGGCGGCCGCGGGCUGCGGCGCUGGGAGCGCUCCGCCGGUCGCUCCGCGGUUGCCUCCCCGCAGCCCAUGAUGUGCCUGGAAAGCGACGGCUCCUCCGGCAGCAGCCCGGGCUGCGGCGGGCGGCUGAGAGCCGGUGACGAAGAGGAGGAGGAGGACGGCGAGCGGGGCUGCUGCGGCCGGGGCGCUGAGGGCGAGGUGCAGACCCUGUCGGGCAGGAUGAACCCGCCGGCUACCGGCAAGCACCCCGAGCGUGCGGCCGCCCUCCACAAGGCGCCGAGUCUCGGCCGGGCCCGGGUGGCGGCCGCCGGCAUCCUCAGCGUGGGCAACGUGCUCAACUACCUGGACCGGUACACGGUGGCAGGUGUGUUACUAGACAUCCAGCAGCACUUUGGAGUGAAAGACAGUGGGGCUGGCUUGUUACAAACAGUUUUCAUCUGCAGUUUCAUGGUUGCAGCCCCUAUCUUUGGCUACCUUGGGGACCGUUUCAACAGAAAGAUCAUUCUCAGCUGUGGCAUCUUCUUCUGGUCAGCUGUCACUUUUUCAAGCUCCUUUAUCACUGAACAGUAUUUCUGGCUUCUCGUGCUGUCCCGAGGCUUGGUUGGCAUUGGUGAAGCAAGUUACUCCACUAUUGCACCCACCAUCAUAGGAGACCUGUUCACCAAAAACACACGGACCCUUAUGCUGUCUGUUUUCUACUUUGCAAUUCCUCUUGGCAGUGGCUUGGGAUACAUCACUGGGUCAAGUGUGAAGCAGGUUGCUGGCGACUGGCACUGGGCAUUGCGGGUAUCUCCACUCCUGGGAAUGAUAACAGGGACACUCAUCUUGAUAUUUGUACCUGCUGCUAAAAGAGGAAAUGUUGAACAACUUGGAGGACAGCUGAAGGCUCGGACCUCAUGGCUGAGAGACAUGAAAGCUCUGAUUAGAAACCGCAGCUACGUGUUCUCCUCAUUGGCCACCUCAGCUGUGUCCUUUGCCACAGGGGCACUUGGCAUGUGGAUCCCUCUCUACCUUCACAGAGCGCAGGUGGUGCAGAAGACAGCAGAGACCUGCAGCUCACAGCCCUGUGGCACCAAAGAUAGCUUGAUCUUUGGAGCAAUCACAUGCUUCACUGGUUUCCUGGGUGUAAUCACAGGGGCAGGGGCAACCAAAUGGUGCCGGUUAAAAACCCAGCGAGCUGAUCCUCUUGUCUGUGCUGUUGGCAUGCUAGGAUCAGCCAUCUUCAUCUGUCUGAUCUUCGUGGCUGCCAAGAGCAGCAUUGUGGGAGCCUAUAUUUGCAUUUUUAUUGGAGAAACUCUUCUGUUUUCAAACUGGGCUAUCACAGCAGACAUACUAAUGUAUGUGGUCAUUCCAACACGCCGUGCAACCGCAGUGGCCUUGCAGAGUUUCACUUCACACCUCCUGGGAGAUGCUGGCAGUCCUUAUCUGAUUGGAUUUAUCUCAGACCUGAUCCGACAAAGCACAAAGGAGUCCCCAGUCUGGGAGUUCCUCAGCUUGGGGUACGCACUCAUGCUCUGCCCGUUUGUCGUUGUCCUGGGAGGGAUGUUCUUCCUGGCCACAGCCCUCUUCUUCCUAAGUGACCGAGCCAAAGCUGAACAACACUAUUUUUUAGGGAGGAGAUGGAGGCAUGUAGCAGCUUGUUCAGCAUCCUGGGAGAACUCUGUUGUAGAGUGGGGAACUGAAGCCAUCUCCCUCCAACUGCAGGGUGAAUCAACUUGUGAUGCCACCAGCCUCUGUGAAAGUUUGAGACGUUGCUAGUGAAGGAAAUGCCAUGUGGACUCCUGCUCCCACCACCACACCAAUCUUGAGCUCGAAGCCCUUCCAUACUGGAAACCAGUGGACCCCUCAGCUUUACACCACCCUGGAAGGGUUCUCCAGCACCAAAUCAAUCCCACCACUGCAGCCUGCAGGGUCAGGCAUCAGGACGUGAGCAGGGCAACCUGGAACACAAGAACUUCUUGAGCAUAAGGAUGUUCACAGGUUUCUCUGAGCACCAAAAGCAACUGGACCCCAAAUGUGCUAUCCAAGUGAGUGACUGUAGAUUAUGUAUAUGGUUUUAGUUGUAGCCAACAAAGUCCACAUCGUUUAUAGGGCAACUUACAUCCUACUGAAUGCUGCUGUUGUGUCAGCACCCAGAGACUGCACUAGUUGGGGACCUAUUCUGUACAUCACCUGUUCUUGAACACUGAAGGCUCAAUUCAGAUUAUUAUUAUUUUUUAUUUAAAUAUGUCAUAAGAUGCUUUAUCUCUGCUGAAGACAUUAGAUGACAGAUAUAUAUAUAUAUAUAUUUAGAUAAAGUUUUUAUUUAAACAUUGAAAAUCUGGUGCUGCCUGUGCAACCAUACCAGACAUGAAUAACGUCCACAGCUCUCCUCAUCUCAGCGCCCUGGGAUAAGGCCCUGCAAGGGUACCACAGGAAGAUUUCCAGUGGGUGACUUAGCUGUCACCCAAGGCUGAGCAAUGGGACAGAGGAGAGAGUUUCACUGCACUGGGUGUGCUGGUGGUUGUUACAGAAAGGCCCAGAAGAACUUUGGACUGAAACACACAGGGGCUCUAGAGUUUGCUCAAUGUGCUAAAUUCAGCCUCACCCAAGGACGUUCACAGGUUCUUAAAGUACCAAAAUCCACCUGGCUGAAUUGCUUUAUCUAGGGCCUGGUAGUGCAAUACUGCUGUGCCAGUGACACCCUGCUUUGUUUACGUGCAUAUCAUACUACAUGUGUUGUUCAUGCUAAUACUCUACCACAAGCAGUGCUUAGGCUGAAUGCAUGCCCAACGUCAGGAACAGUCCCAAGGCUACUCUUACUGCGGGGUCACUUUUAUCCUUAUGAAGAUGCAGUUGAGAUCUUUAGUAGACAAGUCAGUGUCUGAACUGUGAGUCUCAAAUGCAGAAGCGUGUAUCUGGAAGUCAAAGUGCCAUUUCACUGCAGUCUUGUUUCCUGCAUUUGGCCUCCACAAGCCAGAUUUCUGCUGUGUCAGGCUGAUGCUGGGAAAGGCAGGUGAGCGCAGGCCCUGGAGCAGGAGCCAGGCUUCCAGAGAAAGGGCAUUGAUUCAGGGAACUUCCCACUCCCUUUGUUCUGUUUAGAUGUCUCCCAAAGGUUAGGUACUCCCCUUAGCACACAGCUCGAGUAGGUAGCAGAUAAAUCAGCAAAGGAAAUGCCAGACUCAGAGAGGAUGCGAGUUCAGGCUGGAAGCUUGUUCAGAGACACAGGAAGGUACUGUCAGUACAUCUGGGGUUUAUCUCCCACUCCAUUCCAGGAUGUGCUAGGUCCUGUAGUACAGCACUGUAGUAGAGAUGAUUGGUAACCCCAGGUAUCACCAAACUGGUUAAUGCUCACCACAGAGCCAGUCUCUGCCCAGAUGGGUCCUGGGGGUGACUCCUGUAACAACAUGAGCCCUUCCUCCUCCUCAAAAUCCAAUGGACUCUUCUGCAAAGGAUGCUCUGUCACCUAAAAUACCUGAACAAGAGCUUUAGGCUCUAAACAACCAGAGCCAAACAUUUUCCUCGCGUGCCUGGGCACCCUCUGGAGAACAGCAAGCAGGUGCUAGAAAUAAUAAAGCAAAGCCAAUCCACAACAAUGCUCCAUUUCCCACCUCAUGCCAGUAUUUACAUUCCUAGGGGAAACAUUCUGCAGUCUGGGAGCCAAACUCUUGGCUUUAAAGGCACAUGAAGUUCUUAUUCCCAUUAAGAAAUUCUUUGUUAAGCUGCUUAAAAAGAAACAAAAAGCAGCCCAACAAUCAGUCAUUUCAUCUCGGAGACCAAAGACGAUAAGCCACAUUUCCUACAUUGCUUUUCCGAUGGGCUCUCUCCAUUGUAGCAUUUACUGUCAACAAAAUGGAGCAUUCCUGCUGAAGUUCAGAGCUUAGGAAUUGCCUUUAACCUUAAUUCUCAGGCGUCAACAAUGGAAAGGGAACUGAAGUGGUGUGUACUUUCACUAG